AUGAGGAAUCUCUCAGUGGUGACAGAGUUUAUCCUUCUUGGCAUCCCACACACGAAGGGAUUGGGGACCACACUCUUUGUCCUGUUUUUUUCCUUCUACAUCUUCACCCUCAUGGGGAACCUGCUCAUACUCCUGGCAAUUGUCUCUUCCUCCCGACUUCACACUCCCAUGUACUUCUUCCUGUGCAAGCUGUCUGUGUGUGACAUAUUUUUCCCUUCAGUGAGUUCCCCCAAGAUGCUCUUCCACCUCCUGGGAAACAGCCGGGCCAUCUCCUACUCAGGCUGUGUGUCUCAGCUCUUCUUCUACCAUUUCCUGGGAGGUACAGAAGGUUUCCUGUACACAGUGAUGGCCUAUGACUGCUUCAUUGCCAUAUGUUACCCUCUACGCUACUCAAUAAUCAUGUGCCACAGAGUGUGUUCCAUCCUGGCUAUGGGGACCUCAUUUUUUGGUUGCAUUCAUGCCACUUUUCUAACCACUCUUACCUUCCAGUUGCCCUACUGUGGUCCUAAUGAGGUAGAUUAUUACUUCUGUGAUAUCCCAGUAAUGUUGAAGUUGGCUUGUGCAGACACAUCAGUUCUGGAGAUGGUGGGGCUCAUCAGUGUUGGCCUCAUGCCCCUCAGCUGCUUCUUUCUCAUCCUAACCUCCUACAGCUGCAUUGUCUGCUCCAUCCUGCAGAUCCAUUCUGCUGAGGGACGACACCGAGCCUUUUCCACCUGCAGUGCUCACCUCAUUGCCAUCCUCCUUUCCCUUAUGCCAGUGGUCCUCAUCUACCUGCAGCACCCCAAUCCCUGGCUUAAUGCAACUGUUCAGGUCCUAAAUAACCUGGUCACUCCCAUGGUGAAUCCUUUGAUCUACAGCCUAAGAAAUAAAGUAAAAUAUUCUCUGAAGAAUAUAGUACAACAAGUAUUAUCAUACCUGAGAAAUGACAGAGGGAGGAUUGGUAAUUAA